UUUUGGUGUGGUUGUUGGUUUGUUUUUCGUUUUUUUUUAAAUGAGGUUUCACAUAGUCUAGGCUGACCUCAAACUCAGCAUGUGGUCAACAAGGACCUUGAGUUUCUGAUCGCCGGCCUCUACCUCUUGAGUGCGAGGAUUAAGAGCACGCACUACACCACCCAGCUUUGUGUCUCUGCGGGUGGAACCCAGGGCUUCCUGCUUGCUAGGCAAGUGCCCUACCUACUUAGUCGCGUUCCUUUCUAGCACAUGGUCCCUUGCAACUGUUAGAUCAUCUAUCAUAGGACGGCUUACAGCUCGGUCAUCUUCUGGGCGAGCAUCUUUAUCUACCACAAAUAGCAACAGGAAGCGGGCAGUGAUACAUGUAAUCGUUGCGCUGAUUAUUCUUUUUAAUUUUUGGCAAAAUGACUGGUUGUCAAACUAUUUACUGGCUCAAGGGACACAAAUACUUCCAAGACUCCCAUACACAAUGCCAAAUAGCAUCUUACCACGUCUGCCUCCUGGAGCAACUGAUUAACUGUAAGGGCUUGGUCUCCCCUUACAUCCUGUGAGAGUUGCUAUUAGUAAUUAUACCUUGGGUGCAUCGCACCAUUACUACUGUGUCAACUUCUUUAAUUUAAAAAAAAAAUCCAGACCUGAGGUCUAGCUCAGUGGUAGAGCGCUUGCAAGGCUCCAGGUUUCAUCCCUAGCUCCACACAUAAGCAAAGCCAACACUCCCCAAAACUUUCCGCCUGUGUGAGGGCUGAGGUUUACUAUUUACGGAAGCAGCUUGCCGUGGGGGUGCGAGUAAUCUAGAUUCCAGUGAUUUCUUUGUGCGCCUACAUGUGCUAGGCACCGGGCCAGGUGCUUUUUGUGUUUAUUACUGCUGGAACCACACCUUCAGAACGUAGGUGUUCUGUCCCCGUGAGGCUGUGAUAUGUGAGGACAGAGUGCUGGUCAGUUGGCAUGGUCAAGACUGGUACCAAGUGGCUCGACUUGGAGUGUAGCAUUGAUCCAUUGUGUACUCAACCCCUCCUCAAAGGAUUUUACAUACAUGCUCACGUGUAAACGCAUAUAUUACAUAUUGCAUAUGAUUAUGUAUGUAUGCCAUAUAUAUAUUCACAGCUUACCAGUUCUCUCUCUCUCUCUCUCUGUCUGUCUUUUUUUGAGACUGAGUUUCAUGUAGCAUAGGCUAGCUUUAAAUUCGCUAUGUAGUCAAGGGUGGUCUUAAAUUUCUGAUUCCCCUGACUGCUACUCCUGAGCGCUGGUGUUACAAGUGUGCACCAUCCCUGCUCAUUACGCACCCCUGUUCUGUUUAGUGCCGGAGAUCAAACCCACAGCUUGGUGCUUGCCUAGCAACUGAGCUAUAUUACCAGCCAGACUUCAGCAAAGUCUUACUACCUUUAUUUAGAUAUUUUUACCUUACUUUGUGCAUAUGAAUGCUUUCCUUGCACAAAUGUAUGUUUGCCACACGAUUGUUAGAUCCUCUGGAACAGGGGCUACAGGUGGUUGUGGUUGUGACUAACGACACAGCUCCUGAGAAGUGAAUCCAGGUCCUUUGCAAGUGCAACGAGUGUUCUAAUCCCUGACACCCCUUUGCAGUCCCACACUGUCUAAGUGUAUAAGAGCAUACAUAUCGGUCUGGACAUAGUGGCGCAGGACUUUAAUCCCAGCACUAGGAAGGCAGAGGCAGGCAGAUCUCUGUAAAUUUCAAGGCUAGCCUGGUCUAUGUAGUGAGUUCUUAAGACAGCCAGGCAUGGCUGCACAGAGAGAUCCUAUUUCAACAAACAAAACAAAACCGGAGUGCACAUGCCAUAGUGUGAAUGUGGAAGUCAAAGGACAAUUUGCAGGGGAGUUAGUUCUUUUUUCCCACCACAUGGGUUCUGGUAGCCACUGAGCUAUCUCGCCCAUCCUCAUCAGUUUUUAAAUUCCUGGUAGACUAAGCCAGCUGAUCUACAAAACUCAUUUCUCUGAAACCCCAACCUCCCGGAAGAACUCCAGGGCCACUGCUUCUUGUCUGCUGUGAUAGGUGAUCCUGGAUCUAAAUGUGAAGCCAGCAGUAGGGGGGAAUGGGGCCUAACCUAUUUACCAUCAUUUCUUCUGAAGGUUUAAAUGAAAGAAGCAGAAGAGGGAGUGACUUGGAGGACUGAUUCCUUGGAGGCUGUGUCUUUACUUGGGACAGACACUGUGCCCAGAACAUAGCUGUGUGAAAAGGUGACCCUCUCUGACAGCUUGAGGCGGUUUCCUCCCUGCCCCCACUUGUUUUAUUUUGUUUUGAGACAGGGUCUCACGGUGUAGCCCUGGCUAUUCUAGAACUCUCUCUGUAGAUCACUCUGGCCUCAAACUCACCAGAGCUCCACCAGCCUCUGCCUCUACCUCAAAUGCUGGGAUCAAAGGUGUCUCUCACCGUAGGCCUUUUAUUCUGGGUCUUCUGCACUCUAUACAUGAAUAUUGGCUCUUGGAUCUUUGGACACCAUGCAUAAGAGUGUUUUGUCUGCAUGUAUGUAUGUGUACUGUAUGUGUAUCUGGUGCUUGUAGAAGUCAGAGGAGGAUGUCAGAUCCCCUGGUACUGGAGUUAUAGAUGGCUGUGAGAUGACAUGUGGGUGCUAGGACUUGAACCCUGGUCCUCUGUGAGAACAAGUGCUCUUAAUCACUGAACCAUCUCUCCAGCCCCGGGCACCAAUUUCAUGAGUCAAACAAAAAGGAAAAUUAAACUGUUUCCUUGCUCUUAACCCUGGCCUUUUGACAAGCUCACAGGGCAGAAAAAGGGAUCUAAAGCUGUUAACCUUCCCCAUUGUUUUCCAUUGUCUAAGAGGCUUAGAGCUCUUAGCUCAAUGUGGCCUCAGAGUAUAUCAUAGGCUACACCAGUCUUGCUGAGGGCAUGUGGGGAGGACCUGACUGCUAGUGCUGGCUUUGGCUGCCUGUGUCUAACUUCUACCCCAUUGUGCUAGUCUCCUCCUUUCCUGUGUUAGCUUCAGUGUAUUUGUGAUCAGCCUUGGGGGGAUGCUUUCAACGGAGGUGGGCAGAGAAAAUUCUGUUACUGUUCUCAGAAUACAGUGAUCUCAUUGGGAUGGUUCGACCCUCCCUUCUCUCUCUCCUUCCUCCCUUCAUUUCCUUCCCUCCUUCCCUCCCUCCACCCCUCCCUCCCUUUCUCCAUCCCUUCUUUCCGACUCCUUCCUUCUGAUUCUCUCUGUAAUCCUGGCUGCCCUAGACAUUGCUAUGUAUAUCAGGAUGUCCUCUAACUCAAAGAAUCUUCCUGCUUCUGCCUCCGGAGUGCUAGGGUUGCUGGGAUUAAAGGAGUGCACCAUUACACUCCUGCCGGUUUAGGCUCAGUUUUUCCAGAGCCUAUGACCCAAGAGCUAUUUCAAUGGCCAGGAAGCUUGUCCCGGGAGUGGGCCAAUAGCAGCUGGAAACAUUCAGAAAGCCCCGCUUGGAAGCCAGGCUCUCUGAUGGUGCUCACCUGCAAGCCGCUGCUGAAGACCUCUGCAGACUUCAGGGGACGGAAUAUCCUCUUUGGAAAGCACAAAUGGCCUUGUUUGGAAAUGAUGGAGUGGGGAAGAGUAGGGAGAGAUAUGGAGAAUAACCACAGAGGGCCAGAGCUGAGGUGGCGUUGGGACUGCAGGGUGGACAAAAAGGGAGGAAAAUAGAGCAAAAAUGGGAAGCUCAGAAUAGAAGAUAUAAAGGAAAGUGCCAACUAGUGAAAAUCCUGCGAAAGAACGCGCGCGGGGGGUUGGGGGGGCGACUGGGGAAUGGUUUAGAAAAAUAGCAAUUAGCACAGCUAAAAAUAAAGACCAAUUUCGAGACAAAGCCAGACCCACAAGGAGAAAAAUAAAACUCGCCAGAAAGACAAUUCCUUGCAAACCAAAUGCUCAAGAAAAUGGGGCUAACGACACCCCCCUCUUGGGCUGUUUGGUAAAAAGAAAUGGGAAACUAGAUGAGCGUGGAGCGCGGCGCUGAGCAGGUGACAGGCACCAGGAGAGGAGCGUUGAGCCGGCGCUGGAAUCCAUAGGAUUCCGGUAGUUGAGCGCAAAGGUCCUCCUGAGACUGCACCCGAGUGUCGUCCAAGUUAAAAUAUGUGCCGGCGCGCUCCGAUCCACUCUGGAACCGCAGAGGCUCCGGCAGCGUUCUCCCAGGUCUGUCCCGGAGCCUGGAAGCCCCGGCACAGGCGUGGCGUGGGCCAGAGUGGGCGCCCACUCGCGGCGGCUUGGCUUGGGACUCUGGUGACGCCUCCCGGGUAUUCGCGGCGUGAGCAGGCCGCGCGCCCACGGAAUCGGGUAGACCUGGGGGCGAUCAGGGAGGUGACUUGGGCCUGGCAGGGACACUGAACACUGUACGUCUCCCGGCUGGGAGGGGAGGGACCGGGAUGUGCGGGGGAGCUGAGGGUCACCCGGGGCCAACGCUCCCUGCCCUGCGCCGGUAACUGGGGGCUGGACCCAGUGCCCACGGGCGCGGGUGGGCAGGGAGAGGGGAGCGCGGCGGGGAGGAGGCGGCGGGCGGGGCCUGGAGGGGCGGCGUCGCGCGGACUCCUCCUCCUCCUUGCCCUCUUUGGGCUCAGCCGCCGCGCGGCCCGGCUGCUCUGUCCUCUGGACGCCCGCGGCGAUGUUCACCCGCGCCGUGAGCCGACUGAGCAGGAAGCGGCCGCCGUCUGAUAUCCACGAUGGCGAUGGGAGCUCAAGCAGCGGCCACCAGAGCCUCAAGAGCACAGCCAAGUGGGCGUCCUCCCUGGAGAAUCUUCUGGAAGAUCCAGAGGGCGUGAAGAGAUUCAGGGAAUUUCUGAAAAAGGAAUUCAGUGAGGAAAACGUCUUGUUUUGGCUAGCGUGUGAAGAUUUCAAGAAAACGGAGGACAAGAAGCAGAUGCAGGAAAAGGCCAAGAAGAUCUACAUGACCUUCCUGUCCAAUAAGGCCUCUUCACAAGUCAAUGUGGAGGGGCAGUCUCGGCUCACUGAAAAGAUUCUGGAAGAACCACACCCUCUGAUGUUCCAAAAGCUCCAGGACCAGGAGACUAGGAAUCUGAAAUCGGCCGUGGGCAGAGUCGGGGGUUCCGAUGAAGGGCUGAGAAGAGGAGCUUGCCGUAGUUCUGGCUUCUGAUCUUCAAUCUCAUGAAGUAUGACAGCUACAGCCGCUUCUUGAAGUCUGACUUGUUUCUGAAGCACCGGCGGACUGAGGAAGAGGAAGAGGAUCCUCCGGACGCUCAAACUGCAGCUAAGCGAGCUUCCAGAAUCUACAACACAUAAGCUGAGCCCUUCACCCCCAUGGAGCAGAGGGAUGGACUCUCAGACUGUGUGCAGGAUGUCAUUGCUUUGUUGUGUUUGAGGACUGGAGUGUGCAAGACCUUCCCUCAGAAUAUGUGUAUUUUAUUAACUGUUUGACCAGUAACUUCUGCAUGAUGGCUAAUCCUCCAUUAAAAACAAAAGUAGAUUUAAAGUUUCAGUUCACAAAACACAUGAGAGUCCUCCAGCGCUGGACACUCAGAGCCUUUUAAUCUUGAUUAAAGUUCUCGUGAAGCUA